ACGUAGAUUCAGUGAACUAGGAUUCUGUUCUCGCCUUUUGCAAGCCGGGGUUCCGCCGAGAAACUUCCUCAAGGCUUUUUAUGAGGACCUAGCAGAACUUCUACGAGCUGGAGAUAGUUGGUGCGAUCUUCUGUGAGGUUCCUCUCCCAUUUCUUCUUUUUCUUCCUUGGUUCCUCCUGAUCAAUGCCGAGUUGCACCACUUUGGGAGGAUAGAUGAAUAAGGAUCUGUAAAGACUACCCAAAUAAGUGGUCAAUGCUUGAUGGUUAUGGCUGUGCACCCCAGAAACGUUUAAGGUUCAAAACAAGUGUGGAUGCGACUGAAGCACAAGUGACGCAGGCGAUGCACAAAAUAGCUUCACAUAUAAAAAAUCGUGCAAAAUUUGGCAAGGCAUCAAAACUUGCCAUGCAAUUAAUCCAAGCCGGAAGUGUCAAGCCAGGAACUAGCAAUCAGUUUUUUGAUAUUCUGGAAGCUGCAAUGUCUUCUCCAUUAGUUUGUAAUGAGCCCUCAUUGAGAAUGGAUUAUCAAGCCUUAUUUUCAGCAGUUCAAGAUGUUGCAGAUGUUUUCAAUAAACAGCAGAGAAAUCAGCUGGCGACAUGGACUUUGCGGGCAGUUGUUGCUAAUGAUCUCUAUACUGAUGAUAGUUUUGUGUAUUCAAAAGCAGCUGGCAAGAUCAAAGAAGCCAUUUCUAGCCUCCCUCAAGCUACCGUAGAUGAUGAUAACGAAGAAGCCGCAGCAUUAGCACUAGCGGAGAACAACACGGUUGGCAAGGACACAGCUGAACAUGAGGCUACGUCAUCGGAUGCCCUCACUGAAACUGACAACAAUGCUUCUGAUCCAUUUGGAUUAGAUAGUCUGCUUCCAAGUAAAUCCAAGAAAGACGAACAACCCAAGACAAAAGAUGCAUUAAGUUUAAGCAGAAAAGCUUCCGACGACGAUGAACACAAGAGAUUCAUUAAAUCUCAAAGAGAGGUCUUAUUAUUAUGUUUGGACACUGCUGCUCGGCGCUAUAAAGUUCCUUGGUGUCAAACAGUAAUCGAUAUAUUGGUUAAGCAUGCUUUCGAUAACAUAGACAGAUUCACAUCUCAACAAAGAGAUGCGAUCGAGAAGCUAUGGGCUUCCAUUAGGGAACAGCACAUCAGAAGAAAACAGGGCAAAUCGGUGACCGGUAAACUCGACAUGAAUGCAUUUGAGUGGCUCCAGGAGAAGUACGCAAAUGAGAAGAUCAGCAUUCGACAUGCUGUUGGAGGCAGUGGUGAGCGACGUGCCCAACAGUGGCUAGGUUAACAUUGUCGAUGACAUCAGAAAGUCUAUAUGAAACCAAAAUGUGAUCCCUCAUUUCGGAUAAAAUGAGGUGGCAAUGUAAUUGUACGUCCAAAGCUUUGGUGAUUACACUGUCAGUUCUAAAUAAACUUAGCUCAGAAUCUAACUGGAUCGAGAGAUGCACAGCCUAGUUUGUUGUUGAAUUAGCAGUCGGAUGAAAAUUCUCAAUAUUAAAACUUCGUUUAUUAAUAUCAACAACUAGAAUUGUUGUCUGGUC